AUGGCUGGAUCAUCAAGAGGAAAGAGAGGAGGAGGACGUGGAGGUGGUAAUAAUGUAGGUCGUCCACAUAUAUCCAUUGGUCCUGACAAAAUAGAAGCAGACGAUCCACUUGAUUUUAAAGCCCCAGAACUCUUUCCACCUUUGCGAGCCACAGUUACUGAGAUUGAAGAAGAUAGUGAAGACGAUGAUUUGAUAUCUUUUGAAAAGAAGUUAGCCAAGCAUUUUCAUAAUGCUGCAUCAUUUAUUUCAAAAGAGGAGUUUACAAGCCCUUGGUCAUACCUUAAAUCUAUUGAUAACCAUAACUACUUUCCACCAUCUUUGUUACCAAAAAAAAAAAAAAGUACACUGGAUGAAAAAUUAUUAACUGAUAAACAAUGGAUGGAAAAGUUAAAAUCUGAGAUAACUAAUCAUGACUAUUUGUCAUUGCAGGAAAUUGUUUCUGCUAAAAAAAAUAAAAUUGACGAUUUCCUUUGCCCUGCCAACAAAAAGAAAGCAAAAACUGAUAAUCCCACUACAUCGUUGUUGAUUAAUGAAAGUAUUGCCAAAGAACUUGAUGAAGAAGAAGACAUUGAUGUUGAAGACACCGAAGAACCAAAAAAAAAAGAAGAUGAGGAAAAAGAUGAGCCACCCAAAGACAUUGAGGAAGAAUUUGAAAGUGAUGUGGAUGAUGAAUUAGAUGAUGGUACAGAUUACAAUAAAAAUUAUUUUGAUAAUGGCGAAGGGUAUGAUGAUGAUGAUGAUGGUCUGGACGAUAAUGAUGCAAUUUAUUAA